GUGCCCUGCCCCUCAAAUCAGAACGGAACUGGGAACUUUGGAAGCCCACCUCGCCGUCGCAACUCUUUUCCCAUCUGUCCCCCCGCCCUCCUCCACACCGACCACCACUGCCCCCGCCUCUCCGCCCACCGCCAUGCCGCUGCCGGCGAUGACCCACUCUUCCGCCUUCCUCCUCCCCGCCUCGACUACUCCCCCGCCCAACGACGCCGCCACGACCUACGCGCUCGUCGUCCUCAACCAGCGCCUCCCCCGCUUCGCGCCGCUCCUCUGGGCCCGCGCGCGUCUGCGCGUGUGCGCGGACGGGGGCGCCAACCGCGUCUUCGACGGCAUGCCGGAGCUGCUGCCGGGCGAGGACCCCGCUGAUGUCCGCGCCAGGUACAAGCCAGAUGUAAUAAAAGGGGAUAUGGACUCAAUAAGACCAGAAGUGAAGGAAUAUUAUUCCAAUUUGGGCACAAACAUAGUUGAUAAAUCACAUGAUCAGGACACAACGGACUUACACAAAUGUGUAUCAUUUGUCACAAGAGAGCUCCCUGUCCCAGACAAGUCUAACCUGUGUAUUCUUGUUCUUGGUGCACUUGGAGGAAGGUUCGAUCAUGAGAUGGGGAACAUCAAUGUAUUAUACCGCUUCUCAGACACCAAGAUCGUCCUCCUGUCAGAUGACUGUUCAAUCUUUCUGCUUCCCAAAACGCAUACUCAUGAGAUCCAUAUUGAGAAAUCAGUCGAAGGUCCUCACUGUGGUUUGAUUCCAAUUGGCGGACCGUCGACUAGCACCACAACAACUGGGCUUAGGUGGAAUUUGGAUAACACUAGUAUGAGCUAUGGUGGACUGGUAAGCACAUCUAACAUCGUGGAUGACGAUAAAAUAACUGUGACUUCAGAUUCUGAUCUGAUUUGGACGAUAUCACUUCGGAAUUAAGCUGAAGUAGCCAUAAUUUAGCAUGGUUCCAUGCCCAAAUUUUGUCGCCUCAGUGUUACAUGGAUUGAGUUCAUAUUCUGUAACGUGGUGUGAUGUCUUCCACUGCAUUUUGCAGCUGGAUAGGUGUCCAUAUGUGUGAUGUUCCUGUUCAUAAUUGAGGGUUCCACUUUAUGAAGUCCCCUUCUCUACUGAA